AUGGCGUUAAUGGAACCAGACGAUAGCAAAGAGUCGGUCAAACCAGAACUUGGAAUGUUUGACGGACCAGGCGAAAAAAUGGCAUCUGAAGAACAGCGCCACGUCCUGGAGAUUUCCAUCUCCAGCCCCAUUGGGUUCUAUGGAGGUGUUCAACGACUUAAUCCCCUUGCUGUUGGUUACGAAUCUAGUGACCAUGCUUGUCACCUCCACCAAGGAGAACAUCAUCCAGGAAUUCCUGAUACAGUUGUGUGUGGUGAGGGCAGACAUGGUUUCGAAGACCAAGGGGAGGCCAAUGCAAGAUAUGAUAGUGGAUAUCCUGUGAGUGAACAGAACACAGAUCACGAUUCUCUUCACAUCGAUCCACUACUGUUUGAAGCAGGAAUACAAGAUCUGUUCAUUGUAACUGAAAGAAGUAUCAUGAAAACUGUGGCUGAUAAGCUGGUGGUAAUGGUAGCCCAUCUGGUUGACCACAGAGGGGAUGUUCUUAUUCUCGACAAUAUGGGUAUAUCUCUACGUGUUCCUCCUGGUGCCAUCCCCAGAGGUCAGAAGCAGGUAAUGACUCUAGUUCUCGUUUGGGACUUGGGAGACAGUCCUGAAAUGGAACCAUAUCAAGCUCUUGUUAGUCCUGUAGUGUAUUGCGGGCCUCAUGGUCUAAAACUAAAUGAGCAAUGCAUCCUAUCGUAUAGACACUGUGCGUAUGAUCCGGCAAGCAUCAAAAUUAUGGUGAGUGAAACCGAGCUGACGCAUCAGAAGGAAUGGAACGUUUUGUGUGAGGCUAAGGAAGAGGCUGGCAAAUGUGUAGUGACUCAAGACGAGUGUCAGGUGAAGCUGGACCACUUCAGUCUGCUGAGCAGCAUACAGUGUCGUCCUGAUUCACACUUUAGCAAGAAAUGGAUCCAGAUAGCUGUGUUCAGCAGUCCACUGCAACCGGACGUUGACCAUUACCAGAUCAGGGUAUACUUUCUGAACAAAACACCAUGUGCGUUGGAGUGGGCAAUCAACAAUGAGUCUCAGUUUGGUAGUAAAAAGUGCUGUCCUGAGAAAGUGUUCCUAUACAGUGGUAAUGCUGAGGAUAUGUUACUGUCAAUUGCCUACUUAUCUGAAAGGUGGGCAUGCAUUGACGGAUGUGAGACCCAGAGGGUCCCAUUUAUAAACAUUUGGCACGGGAAGUGCCCUCACCUAUCUAUGUGUUUCAAAAGAAUUGGCGACUACAGCCUGAGAGCUGAAGAAAUCAACAUCCACCUCCUCGCAUACCAGGACGGGCGCGACAACGAAAGCGAGAGGUUAAUCAUCCAUAUGACUGAAAUUCAUAAAGGAUUAUCGGAAUCUGGUCUCAAAAACGUCACAAUACGGAUCCCUGGAUCCAACCCAUGCAGUACCGGAGCAUCGAUGGUUCAGGUGAGUAGAAAAAAUCACAACGGAACUUCCGUUGAUGUCAGGAUCGACAACCAAGAACCCCACUUCAGUUUGGACGAAGUACAGGCCUCUAUGGCUCAGAGGAACAUUUUUUUCCCUGAUGACCUGAAACGGGAUUUAAUGAUACUUCUUGACCCACGAAGUCCGUUGGGCAACGACUGGAGGGCUUUAGCAUCUCAGCUCUCCCUCGACCAAGUCAUCACGUUUCUUGAGUCAAUAAGGACAAGUCAAACACUGGCUCUCCUCCAGCACAUGGAGCAGAAGGGGGCGUGCAUGGUAUAUCUGCAACGGGUGCUGACUGAUAUAGGGAGGCUAGACGCAUCGAAUUUGGUUGCAGAGUACAUCAAUAACUUGGGAACACAGCAGCAACGUGACACAGUUCCAAAGGUCCCUGUUGAAUCGGAGCUCGUGACCUGAAAGUCCUAUAAUGGUCCAGAUGCUGUGACACUAUGAAUCACAGUUCAUUCGUUGGUCAUGAUCAAAUGUCCAGAAACUUAAUGAAGCUCGGAAACACAGAGAAACUGUCCUUGGAGUAUAUUCUUCUCAUCAGCAAAUAUGAAGAUCUGUGAUCCUCGUGUUGUAGACAAAUGACGCAAAAUGUUUUUUUCUGAAGAAGACAGACGAUUCUGUUCGUCAUGGUUAUGUGAUAGUUGGUUCCUGUGAAACUGAAGGAACGACUAUGUACGUAUAAGGGAAUACGAUACAGUAAAUAACAUGAACACUUACAUUUAAACAACUACUGUCGUGACCAUGCUGACUACAGGAAAGAGUUGACAUUCUUCGAGUUAUCAAUAGUUCGAUACAGCAAUUUCAAUGUGAAUGUUCCUUGCAUAAUAAAGCGCCUUGAGGUGUGUAGUUAAGAGUGGAGGUUUUUCACUACUGCCUUGUUUGGAGACAGUACCCGCUGAAGCAUUACACACAGAUGUAGUAAUAUUAGAGGAAAUCUGUUUGUGUCUUUCGAAAAACUGCACCCAAAUCAGCUGACACAAAUCAUGAGAUUAGACAGUUAACACUUGGAUAACCAAGAAACAGUGUACCGUUAAAUUGGACUAUAUUCUAGUUUCUGCGAAAUUCUACUGUUACUAGAAGCUGCGAAUUCACUGUUUUAUCGUGAAUUCAGUUGGUACGGAUACAUAAUCUGAAUUGCUACGUGUUAUCUAUGGUUUUCAUGGAGGGCGGAUGUGUGUGUUUUUAUGUUUGUUUGUUUGGGUUUGUGUUUUGUUGUUGUUGUUGUUGUUGUUUGUUUUGUAUUUUGACUUUAUUUGUGUUUAGGGAUUGUUUUUUGUUUGUUUAAACGCCGAGCUCAGUAAUAUUUCAGCUGUAAUUAUGAUCGUAGUCAUAUUUUGAAACUUAAUCCAGUCAUUACUCUCUUCUACGCAUCGUAUACGGUGUCGUACAUUACCCAUGUCAGUGAGCCUAACCAACUGGUCCCAAUAUUCAUCUCCAGCGAGAUAUGAUUUGCUGAAGAUCUCUUCCGACACGAAUCUCAACGGGCAUUUUUCCACAUAGUUUUAAUUAGGUGUUAUAACAGUUCAGUAACUGCCUUGUAAAUAAAUUAGUAUUGAAUGUGAUACCUAAAUAGAACUUGAUGUUUGGUGAUAUCACAAACGUGGAAUACAAAGACACUUUUAUUUAGACCAAAGCAGUAUGUUGACUAAUAUUCUUAAGAAAAAUUUUAACGUAAUCCACUGUGGACGUUAAGUAAUCCUCUAAUCUGAGGUGUUUUCAAGACUCCUGACGGAAAGAAAAUAUAUAAAAUUAUUAAGAAGAAGAACGUUCGCAAUUUAACAGAGAAUACUAUGGUUUAACAACUCAUAGAUGCAUUUGUUGUACGAUUGCAUUUCUAAAAUCGCAAAGCAUUUUUCCUCCAAACCGGCAUCCUAUUGGGUAUCCAUAUCAGGGAACUGAACAAACAGGGAUAAGUAUUUAUUCUUUACAAACAAAUUUUAAAUACGGGAUAUUUAUUUGAUUAGACUUCAGAAGGACAAAUAUCAUAUGACAGCCUGAGGGUAUUAUCUUUAUACCUGUUUUUCCCACAGCAAUCCAUUUCCACCCGCGCAAUACAGGGGGCAUGGGAGAGACAGACUGACUGGGGUGUUAUUGGUAGUUGGAUGUUCAAGUGUUCGCUUUGAGAGCUUCCUUGAUUCGUUCUACUUGAAUCAAUGCGUCGUGAUGUUUUGUUGUCUGUGUAAGGGUAAAGUAAAUGACCAACGUAAGUCUAAGAUGAUGAAGUAGCAAGCACACACUCGCAAGCGUCAUGUUAUUCACAAUAAAGAAGUUGACAUCCAUAAACCUUGCUUUUCUUAUGAAAUACCCUUCAAAGAUUUCAACAACAGUCUAUUAACGAACUCUGAUUUUCAUUAAUAAUUCAAUGAAAGUUUUUACAUUAAUUUACCUUUCGAGACAAGUGAAAUAAGUUUGGAUUGAUUAUUUUUUACGUUGACAUCUUAUUUUUUAUAAAUACAUUUUGCGUUUGUGCGUCAUGUAUGGAAAGCUAUUUCACAUUUGUCUUGUGUGUUGUGCAUGUAACAUAACAGCUGUUUCGCACUGAUUGUUAUCGACUGUCACUCAGAAGGGAUAUUGUCGUAAUCACCGUUUGCAUCGAAAUGUCCAUGGCCUCGCUGUUAAAUAUAUGAAAAGGAUCCGGGUUAGAAUUGAUAUUCAGUAACCCAUGCUCGUCGUAAAAGGCGACUAACAGGAUCGGGUGGUCCGGCUCCUUGACUUGGUUGACACAUGUCAUCGUACCCCAAUUGCGUAGAUCGAUCCGAUCACUGGAUUGUCUGGUCCAGACUCGAUUAUUUACAUACCGCCUUCAUAUAAUAUUGUAAUAUUGCUGAGUGCGUUAAACAACAAACAAACAAACAAACAAAAUAUGUGAAAAGCGGAAAGUGUUUACAAUAACAAGUGGCGUAAAUGGGAAUCUUAAAGAGUUAUGCAUGUUAAUCUGAGCUUGACGGUGUGUAAUAUUACGCUUGCAAAUAUUUAUAUGAUGUUCAGACACUUUU